GUCACAGCAGACCGAAUGAGCUAAGGUCCGGGGGCGGCUCUGCCUUUGCGCCUCCUCCACUUUCUCUCUCACUCUCUGCAAACUGGCUGCUGGCAGCUGCCCGCCUUCCUGUUUGUUCCUACAACGACUGCUCCAUAACACCAUCAGUUUGCCUCAGUGAGGGAAUGAGCGCCACCCAUAAACGACGUGAGCACAGACCCAUUGAUGUGCUUUCGUUCGUUAUGCGGAGAAACGCGCUCAUGACACCUCACGAUUCGUACAAUUCGACUCAGCUAUCGCUAGCGUGUCAGCCGCACACUCUUUGAUAGUGUGCAGCUGAGCCGUUUCGCCCGUUGUUGUUGUGACAGUGGUCAUGGUGUACAGGUGACGGCGAACGAAAGGAAAAACAAGGAAGCAAACAAACGUGAAAACGAAGCGAAGUAACCGUGCAGUGAAAUGCGUACGACAGUACGACUACAAUCGAAGCCUGAAUGUGCCAGGAAUUCGCAGCUCUCUUCAAAUACACUGAAGGACAGCUCUUAUCCUCGCGAGAGCCAUCAGCGUCGAGCCAAGGUAGCUAGUUGGAUGAAAUGUAGCUACGAUCGAGUCGAUAUUGGCGACGAUAUGUAAGGAAAAAAGAGAUAUUGCCAUUUAAUACGAAAAGCUGGGUUACGAAUAUAACUCAAUAGAAGCGGUAAAACUAUGAGGUGCAAUCCACAGCGUUUGUGAGGAUAUCGGUGACCCGCCGAAGACUUCUGCAGCUGAGGUGAGCCGAAGUGUUUUCAGUUGGUGAUGCGAUGGACGGGCUGGGUCCCGGCAGAGGCGCACGGAGCGGGUCCGGAAGGGGGCGGGGGCCAAAACCGCCGCCCAGGGGGACACAGCCUACUGCCAUCUCGAAAGCCAUGCAGCACCAACAACAACAACAACAACAACAACAGCAGCAGCAGCAGCAGCAGCAACAACAAAAACAGCAGCAGCGGCAGGCAUCGCUGCACAAUACGGCACCGCCUGUGCAUCAGAACACAGCAGGCGGCGCAGCUGGUGGCGACAGAGGCGGAGCAGGGUCUGCAAAACCAUCAGGACCAACUCCAGUCACCCACCAUAUCAAUGUUAACGUUAACCAGAGGGGCGUUGUUGAAACGUUUCAAGAGGAAGCAGACAUUACAGAUUCAUCCGAACGUCGCACCUGGAAAGCAUCGCGUCUGUGCCGUUUCUGUCUACGACAUCGGCGGAAGCUGCUCAUCGCUGGAACAAUGGUCGUUGUUCUUAUGGCAAUUUUUUUUGCCAUUUGCAUUAUUAUUGCGCAGGCCAAACGUCGACCAGUGGAGAUUGUGACUGUUAGCGGUGCAGUUCAGGAACUGUUCCAAUACAGUUCAGGAACGUUCCUGUCCGCUGGCAUUGGAGCGCUGUCUGGGUCGACGAACUGCGUGGCCCUGGCUGUACCGUUGUGUCAUAAACACCGUGUCCCCUAUUCUCACUCGGUACCAGGGCAUGAAGCCCGGGCCGACGAGAUCGCAAAAUUCGAGCCAAUGGUACAAGUCAAGUGUUCAAAAUUGUUAGCAUUGUUCGUGUGUACAACACUGGCCCCUGCCUGUGUUGAGCGGGGUCGCGAAGUUCCGCCGUGCAAGUCGCUCUGUGAAGAAGUCAUGCGCUCAUGUUCAUUCUUUAUGGGCGUCUUCUCACUCAAGUGGUCACGAAUUUCCAACUGUACACAUCUACCAGAGUCGAGUGACCGUAGCGUCUGCGUGGGAAAAUACGAGAUCGAAAAAUUGCGGAUGUCCAAAGAACGUUGCGACAAUGGAUUCCGAUGUGACAAAAGUCGUUGUAUCUCGAAGAAGUGGGUGUGUGACGGUCACUACGAUUGCCAGGACCGAUCAGACGAGCUCAAUUGCAAUUUUUGGGUGGACUACUUAACAGGUCGGUGUCCAGGAGAGUUCCGCUGCUCGGCGUCAGCAUUCACUGGGACUUCAAGUGACUGCGUAGCCAAAAGCAAAGUGUGCGACGGAACCAUGGAUUGUACGGAUGGCUCCGACGAGAGGCAGUGCCUUCAGCUGAAUCACCGCAUGGGUUUUGUUGGUGAGGGUCGGCUGGAGUUGUUCUCCACAGCUGCUGGGGGAUUCGUCCCGGUUUGCGCUGAGGAGUGGCUUUCAUCAAGUGAAUCAACCUCAAGCGGAAGAGGGGGCCCCCAGCAAUUGGCCGAAUUCGACUGGAGCCGAAACACCUGCAAACUUUUGGGGUACGACCAGGUUCAGGAGACAAGAAUCAGAGAUGAUUCACCCUCCAUUGCGUUUAUCGGGGGUGUGGGGCAUCCCCCGUUAAGAUUUAAUCCUUCCACACGAAACGGAAUACAUUCUGGCCCGGCCAUUCAAGACGGCUCAAACGCACAAAGCCCCCACAAUUAUCCUGGCUCAUACAGUAGCUACAAUCUCAACUCCAUGGGCGGCGGCAGCAGCAGCAGCAGCAACAACAACAACAACAACAACGAUUACAAUAGCAAUUUAAAUAAGCACAACAUCGCCAGACAACCUUCCGCCAACGACCUCAGGAAGUUCCGCAAGCAUCUCUUCGACCGCCAGAAGGAAACUGCCUGCGCCUCGUCGGGAGUCUCCGUCUAUCUGAAGUGCACCAAUUUCUCCUGUGGUCGUCGUGCGGAAGAUAUGCGUCUCUCAAGGCCACAGUCACGUAUUGUCGGCGGCAGUGAGUCACCUCCAGGACGCUGGCCGUGGCUUGUAGCUGUGCACGGCGGCAGCGAUCAUGUGUUCUUCUGCGGGGGCGUGCUUAUCUCAUCCUGGUGGGUCCUGACCGCCGCACAUUGCGCCGGGAAUUCUACUGAUCCCGCUGGAUGGCUUCUCCAAAUGGGUAUGACUCGGCGAAACUCUGCCCAACCCAGCUCGACGCAGUCGAGACACAUCCAGGCCGUUGUAAAGCACCCCGACUUCAACAACGCCUCGCUGUACAACAACGAUAUAGCGCUUCUAUUGCUGUCGGAUCCGGUGAGCUUCGACGACUUCUUGCGUCCACUGUGUCUGCCGCCGGAGGAGCCCCUCGCGCCGGGAAUGACUUGCACCGUCGUUGGUUGGGGUAAAUCGCACCACGCUGAAGACGCUGAAUAUAAUAUGGUCAUCCACGAGGUUGACGUGCCUAUUGUUGAUUUUGAGACUUGCCAAGGAUGGUACAUGAAGGAAGACAUACUAAUAUCGGAUUCAAUGAUAUGUGCGGGCUAUGCUGAGGGUCAGAAGGAUGCGUGCCAAGGUGACUCUGGUGGGCCGCUCGUCUGCAGAACGGGGUCUGGUGGACCGUGGUUUGUUGCCGGUAUAGUAUCGUGGGGCAUCAAAUGCGCCCAGCCGCACCUUCCCGGCAUCUACACAAAUGUGCCCAGAUACCUUGACUGGAUCCGUGAAAUAACAACAGAGUUCGGCCACCCACUCGAUCUCUAAAGGGAAAAUCCCUGCGACAAGCUAAGCUUGAACCAGCGAAAAAAUUGAUCUGAACUAGAAUAAUAUGGCGUAACAGGAUACCAGUAGCCACCAUUUAAUAUGAAUAUAUUUUUUCCAACUCCUCAUUUUGCCGUGGAGGCCAAUUAGUCUUCAAGAACUCACGAGCUUUUACAUAGGCAUCUGGUCGAAGAAUAAACGAAGAUCGCUUUAGUACCUCACACCAUUAGUGACGUUUAUCGAUUCCUAGAGCGAUCAGAACUCUGUUCUGCCGAAAAAAUUAUUCUCCUAUUGUUUUUCGCUUGCUUGCGCAAUCGCCAGCCAGGUUCUGGUCCCGAGGAGACAUGACAACCAGGACAAAGGGUCGCUCUGUGUAGCAGCUGCAUCAAAUAGCACGUCAAUGUCGGAAUCGUGUACAAUGAAUGUAGAGGAUCAAACCGAACGAUCCCGUCUGAAAGCCGAUAGCGCUUCAUACAGUAUGAUACAAAAUAAAUACUGGCGGAAACUCUGAAUGGUCAUCCCGUUGUUUGAAUCGACUAAACUACUAACACCUACAAACGAUCGCACCACUGCGAGCCCUGAAUGAAAUUGGCAUAACUACAAUGAAGCAGUAACGAAGCAAGGAGCUGUGUACAGUCAUACGUGCACAUGGGCUCAUGCUGCAACACAGCGCUAAACUGCAUUGCUAUUCAUUGCACGCCGUAGAUUGACGCAAUCACAAACGUUGAAAAAGCUCAUUAUUGAGUACGAAAACAGAAUAGCAACUAAUGCAACAAUCGAAUAAGUGAAGCUAUAAAAAGAAGGGGAAGAGUAAAGCGAAAGAGUGGAAAACGAUGUGAAGGUGCCGAUGUUCAGAUGUACGGGAAGCACGCCCGAACUACUGCGGGGUAGUCGUAGAAGUCAAAUCACGGACUGUUAAGUUAAGAAACCACAAAGUUCAUCAAUCAGCUACAAGUAGACAGAAUAUGAUUGAGAGUGCUGGCCCUGAAAUGAACAAACCGAGUUCUCAGAGCAAUUUGGAUUGUUCGAGCCAUCGACAAACGAGCGAGCCGCCAUUUAGCGUCUGCUCUCGUCGGUAGAUCUGCGGAGAAUGUCUGAACUCUGCGUAAACAAACAGUAUGAGUCACCAGGAUCAGUAGAAAAUCUACUGACCUCUUUAACUCCUGUCAUAGAAUGUGAGUAAGCGCGAAAUGAGAAAGUUCUUUAACAUAGAAAGAGAUCUUAUCACAGCAAACCUAUAGUACUAUGUAAGAUGGCAGUUGCAACGCGGAGUCAGGAGUAAGUUACCGAUUAGGGGUGCGCAUACAUCAGUCUGAAUGAUACAUGAGUAUGUGCAUGCGUGUCUGUGUCCGAUAUUAUGUCUCCCAAGAGAAUUCGAAAGCGGUCAACGGAUAAUAUUGAUCCCAGAACGGAUAGUGAGAUAACAGCACUGCUGUUGUUAAUAAUAAUAGCAGUGAGAAUUGGUGCGCGCAGAGGACUGAUAGUACCUCUCUGACGCUACGGUAAAAGAAAGAAACAAACCUAGUGAGAUUUUUCUGCAGCUUUGUGUUUAUAAACGUAAAAAAAAAGUUUCAAGUAGCAACAAGCACGAAAACGAUGAAUCCUUGUGUUAUCACAAUACAAGGAACACACUUAGCGGACGUCUAAAGCGGCAUCACACGCGAGAAAGCAAAGCGAUGAUGAGUAAAAUACGUGGAAACAGUUAUAAAAUCAUAAAACAUAAAUUGUACAUUGUCUUUAAAGAGGAAAAUAGAAAACGAUAUAUAUGUCAAUAUAUAUCGCACAAACGGUGGGGAACUAUGAUGGUGAUUGGAAGGGAUCAAAUGGAAGUAUUUUUACAUGUGGACCACAGCGCCUUAAAUACAAUAACAGAUCAUCAAAUGAGGCGAACAUCAAAUGAUGGGUGGCAUCGUCAGUCCGGGAUGGGACAAUGGUUUUUUCAACCACUGAUGACUGAAUGAAUUUAGUCUUUACCGCAAAAACGACUUUGACAAAUCAACAUCUCGUCCGGUCUUCGUUGUAUCCGAGGGAAAAUUUAGUUCGCUCGAAUUGAGAGACAGAAAAGCUAAGCUCCUCCCAACAUUAUUCAUAUACAUAUAUAUAUAUAUGUGUAAGAGACGCAAGUGAGAUUUUCUAGGUGUUAUUAAUGUAUUAUUUACACUUAUUACGUAGAUAGAUAUAUAUAUAUAUAUAUAUAUAAAAUGCAGUAUGUGUAACACAAAAAGGUUACUAACAAAUGACAAGCAUAGUGAAAAUAACUAUUAUAUAUAUAGCAGUGACUAUUGCUAUUAAAACAAACAGAAGGUAUAUGCAGCCAUCUAUCGACGACAACAACCAACCACAAAACGAAGCUACACAAUAUCUGAACGUGAAUCUUUACUGGGAGAAAAAAAUCUAGCGACAGUUAAAGGCCAUAUUAAAUGACUGUGUUGUAUGAUAUGAUACGUAAAACAAUAAACAUCAUAUUUAUGCUGAUGAAAAUGAUAAUAAUACUAUAACAGCGAAUAAUUAAACUUGUGAAAACAAUCUCUCUUGUUGUUAAUGCUGAAAAUGAAAUAGUUGGAUGAAGACGUUGAUCAAUGAAAAUAGUUCUCCGGGAGCGUUUUGCCCAAUCGAUGGAAUCAAACGUUCCCAAGUAACGGUGCCGUCAGGUGAGCGAUACGGAUUGCUCGCUGCUCAACAAUCGCCGACAUUCGCGCCAUCUGGUGGCCAAACUAUGUUCAGCCCGUUUUAUAGAUAGCUAGGUACUAUAAUAAUGCUGCUAUUAUUAUUUCGAUGGCACACAAAUGAAUGCUAGCUAUAGGCAAUGUUUAAUCCAACGAUGACAGUGACAAUUACUGUUAAUAUAAAAAUCGAAUAUUAAAAAAUACUAUUAUUGAUAGUACCAGAAACUUUAGUGUCUACCCGACGGUAGCAAGCGGAUUACGAAAAAGCGGCGGGAAAAUUACUGAGUGAAAAAACUACUAGCAACUAAAUAUUAUAUAUAUAUAUAUAUAUAUAUAAGGCGAAAAGUCGAUGCCCAAUGAGAAACGCUAUUACGCUGUGUAUCGUAAAUAAACGUUAUGGUUGGUCAAGAUUCGAAGGACAGACACGGUCUAGGCGAUACAAUAAUUAUUGCAACUGAGACAGACAAUAAACAUUGUAUAAGAAGAUAGACAAAUAAACCAGAAAUGAGAGGGAAAGCAGAACGAGAAAAGUAAAAGACAAUCAUAUAUUGGCAUAAGCUACAAUUUCGCGGCGACAGGGCGUCGUGUGGCAAAGCAUAUACGAUUUACAGUUAAUAACGACAAGUCAACUCCUGUUGAGGAGAUUUAUUGAGCCACGUAUGUUCACCAGGACAAAGGACACUGCUGCCGCCGUAACCGACACCGUUAUACAUAUAUAUUGAGUUGAUUUUUUUUUCACUUGUAAAACGUGGAGGUAGCCAGGCCACAUAGGUGGAUAUGAUGAAAAAAGGUCUUUGACCAACGGACCCUUUGAUGGCCCAGGAUUCGCCAGGGUACGACGAUAUUAAUAGCAGACACCGAGAUUAUUAGCCAACGAAUAAUUAUCAUCAAUAGCUCUGGCAUUUGCAUACCAAGAAAAGAAAAUGCUACGUGUGAGCUACCAUUGGGAUAUCACUGAAAUUAUUUAUGACCAGUUCGGUCACAAUGAGAAGGCGCGCAGCAUUUGUUUCUAUCGAUCGACAGGUGGCGCUGUCCCGACGAAGUGUAUUGAAGUGAUGAUGAUGAUGAUCUUGAAACCAGAAUUAGAUUACCCGCUUAGAAAAUACGAUUGCACCCUUUGUUAGAAAGCUAAAUCAUUUAGAAAAUCGGAUUCAGUAGAUGAAAAUGUAGACAGUGUACGUCCUAACCAAUAUAUCGAUAGAAACAACAUCAAUAGCUCAGUACCUUUAGAAUCCAUAGAUGUAUGCAUUGCAAAUUGUUACUAUACCAGUUUAUAUACAAACCUAUUCGCUUAUUCUGGAUGGACUGGUGUUUUGAAAUCCGAAAUCUGAGAUCGGCCAAGUAUUAACCGAAAUCGAACUGCUAGGUCCCCCGAGCUGAUGACUAAUCUAGCUACCUUGCAUAGAGUGAACCUGCACAAUUUUCCCCAAUAACCUGUAGAACUUAAACCAAGAUUUAAAAAAUUACGCAUAAUUAUAUUCGUUAAAUUCUCUUUAAGCCAACUAAUCGCAAAGAGGCAUUGACAAUUUUUUUUCGAGAAAAGUAUUAUCCUAUAGCGCGCAUCACGCAAUCGUCUCUAAUUGUUCCCUACAGAAAACACUUAGAAGGAGACAGAAAGUUAGUUAAACUAAAUAAAAUAAAAAAUAACAAUAUAUAAAAGGGUAAAACAAUUUUAUCUAGAAAAUAAAAACUCUUGAGUAUAUUCGAAUAAAAAAAAAACUGCGAUACUCACAACAAGUCAAAGUUGCCCGCGCGACAGUUUAAAAUCUCUCGCCAUGAGCGUGAAUCAACGAACACGAUCAUUUCAAAUUCAAAAAGGUAUUCAUUGCAGGCAGGACAAAUCAUAAUGGUGGAAUAUUAGGAUAUCGAUUUGGAGAAUUUUCAUAGUACUGUUAAUAUUAUUAUUAAUAUUGUUAAUACGGUCCGAACAAAACGACGUAACGUUUCUAUAUACGUGUCGACUAAAUACGUAUGAAAUAAAAAUUGCUGACAGGCUUAAAUCUCGUCUGAAAGUUUAGCUUAAAUCAACCUUAGUGUACAAACGAAGUAAGCAGCACAGGAUUAAUGCACAAAUCUUUGGUAAAUUAACGACGACGACGACGACGACCACAGA